AUGACGUUGUUACUCUGCCCGCUCCGUGCUCGUCCGAAGUUUGCUCCCGCCUUCAGAAUUUCGCCAUUGCUCGAACUCACUCAGUCGCUCGCAUUCCAAUGGCUCUCAAUUCCCUCUUCCUCCUACCCAACAGAUUCUGCUCUUCCUUCCCUCCAAUUUGCGCCGUCGCCGGAGUCCCGCCAAUUUCUCGUUCAAUCAGUCCCCAGACGACACCGUUUCCGCUCCGGUUCUCCGCUCACGCGGCGCAAUCCUCCGGCUUCCCCUCCGUUUCAGCUCUCUCCUCCACCGCCACUCCCGAGACUAGCAGCUUCACUUGGGAUGACGCCGUCCGAGCCUCUCAACCUGAAUACGCCCCCGGGGAUUCCUCUGAUCUCUCUGGAUUCUUCGAGAAGAUCAAGAAAUGCGAUUCUAAUUCGUUCCAUUCGUGAUCGAGGAGACACAAUCGGCUACAUUCAUAACCGUUUCGUUGAACAUUUGAAGCGGUUCGAGGAAGUGUUCGUGAUCAAGGACAGCAGCUCCCAUGGAGCCCGAUUUGGGUAUUGCGUUACUUUACAUGACAAGCUAGGCACGCCGGAAGAGAGGACUGCAGCUGUUGGGGAAGUCAUCAAAUGCUUGGUAGAAGAACAAGAAGAGCUAAUUCCAGGUAUACAAGGUGAGCUCUACCCGGUUACUUCAUUGUUUGGUGGGCGAGUCUACUUCUCAUUAGAGCGUGUUGCUGCUCCGUAUUUCGGGAUAAAGGCAUAUGGCAUUCAUAUGAAUGGCUUUGUGGAGAGUGGUGAUGAAAAAUUGUUGUGGGUAGCAAAGAGAAGUCUAGUGAAACCUACUUACCCUGGAUGCUGGAUCAUCUUGUUGCCGGAGGACUGGUUCGCACCUCAUGGAAUAUCUUGUCAAGAAAAUGUCGUGAAGGAAUGUGAAGAAGAAGCAGGAAUACCUCAAUCGAUUUCUGUCAAGGCUCUGCUAGUUGGUGCCGUUUCUUAUGUGGAUAUUGAUGGCGAUAGGUUCAAGAGAGAUGUUCUAUUUUGCUACGAUUUGAAGCUACCUGAAAGUUUUGUACCAAAAAAUCAAGAUGGAGAAGUUGAGGGUUUCAACUUGAUGCCCGUGGGAAGUGUUGCACAUAUAGUAAGGAGGACUCAUUUUUACAAACCAAACUGCUCCCUAGUCGUCAUUGAUUUCCUAUUCCGACAUGGGUACAUUUGCCCUGAAAGCCUGGGAUACUUGGACCUGUUGCAGAGCUUGAGGAGUGGUAAUUGCUCGUAGAGUAGGUCUAGUUUGUGUUCUCAACUAAUGUUUUUAUCCAUUCUAGUCCAAGCUAGUCCUUGAUUACAAUUUCUUUCUCAAUGUUGUCAUUGUAUAACUUCUAGAAUACAGAUAUAAAGAUGUUAACGGUUAUUGAGUUUUGAAUGUAUUCAGUC